AUGGUCGAGUUGCAUGACAGCCAAUUUGCCUCGGCGGCGGCGGUCCACUACAGCCCGAGAGAUACGCCUGCUUCCCAAAAUUCUGCUUCGGAUGAGAUGAACGGAGGAGAGGUUGUGUCAGAGAUCAAGAUUAGAACACUGGCCCCAGCACCUCCCACGAUCCGUCCAUCAUCUUUUGCCGGACACUCUGAUGCAUCAUCAGAGUACACACAAGUAUUCCAGAAGUACUCGACCCAACAACCCCUUCCUAGUGGUUGCGCGGGAGAUUUAAGGCAGUCCAGUAAGCUUGAAGAGAAGGGGAAGAGGUGCGUGAACGCCGGUAGCAUGGCAACAUGGGAAUCUGACAACGCUCUGAUCGAAUCGCGGAUCGGUGGGAUGGAUGUCUUCGUGUGGAUGCAGGACUUCAGGAGGCAGGCCCAGUUUCCCCUGAGAAAUGCAGCAAGUGUGGAAUAG